AUGUACAGCGGUCCUAGUCUUCAAAAGAGCUUUGUUUGUAAGUACUGUGACGCAAACCAGCAACUGCUGAUUCAGACAGUCGCUCAGUGGGAGAUGGAUAUCACCGUCAUAACGGACCACCCAUACCGAAUACCCACCGAUAUCGGCAACUGGAUCGGCCAUAUGAACAACGGGUGUUGGAACAGUUCACUCAGUUACUGGACUAAGUCAAAUGAAAGAACGCAUCAGUCUGAAUUGGUAAAUCAUGUACUUUUAAUUGUGUACUUUCAUAAGCUACCACCCGUUUCGACCCCACUGGCUCCUCUGGAAACUAACAUCCAGAGUCAGAGCUGUCAGAGCCCUCGCUCGGUUACCAAACGAGAUGAGCUAACGGCGACAUUCCUGUUGCAGAAGUCUACUCGUGGCAAGCAAAUUAUUGAAGAAUUCAAUAGCACGAAAGUCCUGACCAAAGCACAAAAACGCAUAAUUACGCACAUUGUAAUUGAUGAGUUCAAAGAUUCGUUCGGGAAACUCACACACGACGAUCUGCUUUUUAGAGCGUGUGAGCUAAGCAACUUGUUUCCCUCGGAGCCGAAGGACUCGUGGUAUCAGCCAACGUUUGCUGUUGACGGCAGCAAGAAAACCCGGAUUGGCCGUCAUCCUAAAGGAGCACUAUACGAUAGAAAUUGCAACUAUCGCAAGGGCACUGCGCAACAAGGGGGAACGAGACAAACCAGUGAUAGUACAACACCGGCUGCGAACAUUUUCUCCGAUGAUGAUUGGAUGGAAUAUCAACAGAGCAAAGUGUGGAUGAGACAUCACGAAGACGAAUGGCCAGCUAUUCUUCAGAGGUGGAUUGCCACGUGUGCGUAUCGCGGGUUGGAGGUAUCAAGACUCGAGAGCCGAUCGUGUGAAACCAUUUUGGAUCAGUACCCUACUCUACGAAACGCCGAACGGUACCAACCUACCCAAAUAGAUUUCGACGCGAAAUUUGCGUCCAAAAGCUCGGCUCUCUUCGAUAAUUGGAGCAAAUUCGUUUCAAAAGUUAAACCGAUUUUAACCACUGAUGUGACCGACAAGUCUGGCAAGGAAAUUCUGCUUUUGCUGGACCUGGAGUUGAAUGAAGGUAUGUUAUUCUUUUAACUCAUUUAAUA